GCAGCGAGUCGUAAAUAUUGACAUUCAGGUGCAUUCCAAAAGGCAAAAGAUAAACGUCCUCAUCAUCGAGAUUGUUCGAACAACCAACCAAGCGAGCACGUCUCCGAUCAUACUCCGUCGACCUUUCGCGCCAUAACUUCAACAAUACGAUCACUCUCUGGAAGGUCGUCGUGAGAUUAGGGCAACGAUGAGUCAGGUAUUUGAAGGAUACGAGCGCCAAUACUGCGAGCUUUCUGCCAAUUUAUCACGAAAGUGCACAUCAGCUGCUCUCCUCAAUGGAGAGCAGAAGAAGCAAAGGAUUUCUGAAAUAAAAGUUGGAUUGGAUGAUGCUGAUGCUUUGAUUCGUAAAAUGGACCUCGAGGCAAGGAGUUUGCCACCAAAUGCAAAGGCUAUGCUUCUUGCUAAGUUACGGGAAUACAAAACUGAUUUGAACAAUUUGAAAAGUGAAGUGAAAAGAAAUACAUCAGCUAAUGCUAAUCAGGCUGCUCGGGAUGAGUUGCUGGAAUCAGGAAUGGCAGAUACAAUGAUGGUAUCUGCUGAUCAAAGAGGAAGGUUAUUGAUGUCGACCGAGAGAAUAAACCAGUCCAGUGACAGAAUCAAGGAAAGCAGAAGAACAAUGUUGGAAACUGAAGAGCUUGGUGUGUCGAUUCUUCAAGAUUUACACCAACAGCGCCAGUCACUGCUACAUGCCCAUAACACACUUCAUGGGGUGGAUGAAAAUAUUGGCAAGAGCAAGAAGGUCCUGGCUGCAAUGUCAAGAAGGAUGAGCAAGCACAAAUGGAUGAUCGGUUCCAUUAUUGCAGUCCUAGUCCUAGCAAUCAUUUUGAUCCUUUAUUUUAAGCUGACCCACUAGCCAGUUGGCCUUGGAUCUCUGAAUAUCCGUGUUUGAAGUUUGGCGUAUUCUUCUGAGCGGCAUGCAUGUUCUUUGGAUACAGUGUUUCUAAUGUCUUUCUAUGCAUGUGCUUAUGGUUGUUUGUCAUCAUAUGCUUGCAAUAUCGUAUUUUCAUCCUCAUGUAUUGUCUUGUUGAUCUUUCAUGUGCAGCUUGGAUCAUUUUAAGUUUCAAUCAAAAUGCAUUACCUGUAAUGUGUAUUCAUUUAGCAAUGCAUGAUUCUGAUUAUAUUGUGAAGGAUGCAUUUGAACCAUGGGAAGCGAUGAUCAUGUUUCUUCUUA